AUGGCAGAAGUACAGGAAGAAGAACAACCUACCACGAUAGAGGAGGAAUAUGACUUGUGGCUUUCCAAUGUCCCAAUGAUGUAUGAUUUCGUUAGUGAAACAAGGCUAACAUGGCCUUCACUCACUGUUCAAUGGCUUCCAACAGAACUCAAGCCACGAGAGGUAAAUGGUAUCCAGUUACAAAGACAAGAGUUGCUAAUUGGAACGCUAACUGCUGAUGAUGAACCAAACUAUUUGAAAAUUGCAGCUAUAGACUUACCUGAAAGUGUUGUGUCUUCGUCAAGCCCUCCACAAGGUGAGUCAGAUGAGAAGAACCACCACAACUCGAAGAUUAAAAUUACUAAAAAGUUCAAACACGAUUUCGAAGUGACAAGAGCUAGGUUCAUGCCACAGUCACCAAAUAUCUUUGCGACUCUCAAUGGGAAAGGUACGAUCUCUGUGUUCGAUAGAAAUAGUCCAGAAAAGGAUGCAGCAGCUAUAUCCAGCUACUCUUAUCAUAAGGAAAAUGGGUACGGUCUUGCGUUUAAUUCGAACGUUUCUGGUCAAUUGUUAUCUUGUUCAGAUGAUAGUACGGUUGCGCUUUGGGACAUUUCAUCAUCCUCGGAUUCUUCCAAUAAAUCGCCUCUUCAAACCUUCACUAACCAUACAGACAUUGUGAAUGACUGUAAGUGGCAUGAAUUCAAGCAGACAGUAUUUGGAACAGUCUCUGAAGAUAAGACUUUACUAAUCCAUGAUACGAAAUCUAAAUCUCCAGUUUCAGAGCUAAAGGUAUCUUCGGCCUUUAACACUUUGGCCUUCAGCAAACAUUCACAUAAUCUACUAGCUGCCGCAGGAACAGAUUCUAAUGUCUAUAUUUAUGACAUGCGUAACAUCUCGAAACCAUUACACUCAAUGUCUGGUCAUGAAGAUUCAGUAACAUCGUUAGAGUUUUCCCCACAUCAAGAUGGAUUAAUAACAUCAAGCGCUUCAGACAGAAGAGUCAUAAUGUGGGACUUGUUCAACAUUGGUGCAGAACAACAGCAGGAUGAUGCAUAUGAUGGUGUUCCAGAAUUAUUCAUGAUGCAUGGUGGCCACAAGAGUCCAGUCAACGAAUUUUCUUACAACCUUAAUGUGCCAUGGUUAAUGUGUAGCGUUGAAGAAGACAAUGUACUACAAAUAUGGAAGCCAGCAAGCAAAAUCGUACAUCCUCCAAAGCCGCCAGCUGACCUUGAUGUAAGAACACUAGAGUAG